GAGACCGGAGGGCUGGCGGAGGCCAGCUGGUGACGAGAGAGCCCGGAGGCGCGUGGGGCUGUGUGCGAGAGCCGGAAGAGUCCAGCCAUGCCUCACAGCUCUGACAGCAGUGACUCCAGCUUCAGCCGCUCUCCUCCGCCUGGCAAGCAGGACUCCUCCGAUGACGUGAGAAAAGUUCAGAGAAGGGAGAAAAACCGCAUCGCUGCCCAGAAGAGCCGGCAGCGGCAGACACAGAAAGCCGACACCCUGCACUUGGAGAGCGAGGACUUGGAGAAACAGAACGCGGCUCUACGCAAGGAGAUCAAGCAGCUCACGGAGGAGAUGAAGUACUUCACGUCGGUGCUGAGCAGCCACGAGCCCCUGUGCUCCGUGCUGGCCACCAGCGCGCCCUCGCCCCCUGAGGUGGUGUACAGUGCCCAUGCCUUCCACCAGCCUCACGUCAGCUCCCCGCGCUUCCAGCCCUGAGCGUCGGCACCGGGAGCCAGCACAGCCCCGGCCCCCACUGGCCCGCCAGGCCUGGAAGGGCAUACAGACUGUGGCCUCGCUGCCUUGCCCCUCCCAGCACUCCCUGUACCUGGAGAGCCGGAGGAAGGACGGAACAGAAGAGGGCUGUGGCGGCCCGAGGGGCACGAGGCCUCCCAGCCUUGGGGCAGCUGUCAGCUUGGGCCGGACCGUGGAGGUGGGAGGCCGAGCCCGAGGAGA